CCGGUAUUCAAAGAUAAAUUAUCACCAUCCCACCGUCGCUGCUCCUAUGUUUUGCGAUGCCAUGCUCGACGAUCCAGCCUGCCACUGAUUUACCUCACUCGUAUCGGAGGCAAUACGACUCUAGCCUGCCACCUCAUGAGCACAUACCUAAGCUACAACAAUGUUGGCAAAACUGACUAAGUCGUAUCGUUUUACCUCAUCACCGAUACUGAGUCAUCUUUCCUGGUAAACAUGGCCCAGAUCCGUGCAAUUCCACAACCUUCAGGUUGUGGCGAAAGGCUUGAAUAUACGCACAGGGACACCGAGGAGUCGUCUACGCUAUCUCCAAGUCGCCGUCCAACUUCACCAACUUCCGAUAACUCUCGUUUGAAAUGGCCAGAUGGUGUGUCAAGCACAGUGUCGACAGAUUUUUUCGGCUUCGUCGAACAAUCCCGACUAGCGCUUCAAUCGCUGCGGUUCAGCUUUGAGCGUGAACGAGCGGCGUUUGCAGAAGAACGGAAGCUGUGGGAGAAGGAAAGGUCAAUCAUGAUACAUAGGAUUACGGAAUUGGAACAAGAACGAAAAAGGGGAUCUUCUAGAAUCGAGAAACCCCGGAUGGCAUCAAAUCCCAGCGGAAAGGAGGGCCGUCAGACACAGGAUGUCCAUCAUGUAUGGGAAGGAUCAAGUCCGACUCUCAACCCAACCAGAGUAUUCUGGCAGGGAGACGAAGAGCAGAGCCCCCAAAGCUCGAUACACUCUAAGAGCAACAACCAUGGACCCGAAUUAGCCCCGUCGCUUGAUGAAGCCCUGUCCCUUACGACCCGACCCGUCGAUCGGUAUGCUGCAGUUGGAGUUCCCAUUGAAUUAGUUGAUAGCAGUUUGGAUGGGAUCACCCUUAAAUCUACUGCCCUAAGCCCGGAUAUUCUUACAAGGACCACUUCAACCUCCCCCUCAGACGCCGUAUCCCCAUCUCGAAAUCGAGCCCUAGACCCCAAGUUGGUAGAAACCAGGAAACCCGCGCAACUCGCGCUAUCGGAAUUGGGACCCUCCGAAGAAAAUCUCGUGAGAGACGCAGGACAUACUCCAAUGAUAGCCAUUAAGCCAGACGUAGAAACAAGCGGCGUACCUACCGAGGUUGGCACAUUGACGACGGAUUCACCCCUUGCGCCUCAACAAACUCGCGAGUUGGGGGAGACCUACUUCUCCACAGUUGACGAAGACCCGGCCCUGCAAGGUCCUCUAGGCUUAAAACAUGACAAGGAGCAGGACAUCGAGUUUCUUGAGGCCCUGGACCAGAAGCUAUUAGAAGAAGCGAGAAAAAUAGCUAAACCCGGGUCUCUCUCGGGUUCUUGUGAACUCGAAAGGAGUGUCUCUGGCGACGAAGAACCGCCCACGCAACCCGAACCAGAACCCGACAUCAAAUUCAAACACAGCACAAAUUUUGGUUCAGCUUUUGGGACUUUAUAAUUUAUUUUUAUUACCAUUUAAUCUGCAUCCCUUUUUGCGCCCUAAGUGGGAAAGAAAACUUUUUGUUAUAUCUAGCACGAUAUCCACUCACGUACAGAAGUAUCCUCUGGAAAUCUUGUUUCCUUUUUGUUUUUUACUUUUUACUUUUUCUAUUCUUCUACCGCAUAUUUGGAAUACUAUUUUGAUAGAUUGGAUCAUCUCAAUAGCUAAUUUUGGUCAAUCUCAGCUCCUUUCUUCUUUUCC